CAAGAGCUCUGCAGGCUGUCCAGCCUCUGUUGCUGGGCUCGUGACUGCUGCCCGCCUGGAGCCUGGAGCGUUACUGUCCCCAAAGCCUCUGGCGGCCGGAGCCUGUGUUCUCAAAACCCAAGUCCCUCUGCUCCGGCCAGGAGCCUGCUCCCCCAGUGUUCCUGUCUGAACCCAGCCAAUUGAUGGGACUGAGCGGAGGCCCUCCAGGCACGAGGUCCUGAAAGCUGCGUAGCUGGCAGGAUGCCAGGUCUGCUGAACCAGCUCACAGGGGCAACCCUGCCCCUCACCGCAUCCGAAGUCACCUCCUUCGUCAGUGGUUAUGCCCUGGGUCUCACCGCCUCCCUCACCUAUGGCAACCUGGAGGCUCAGCCCUUCCAGGGCCUCUUCGUGUACCCCCUGGAUGAGUCCACCACGGUGAUCGGCUUUGAAGCAGUCAUUGCUGACCGCAUCGUGACAGUGCAGAUCAAGGACAAAGCCAAGCUCGAGAGCAGCCAGCGGGAUCCCCCCUACACAAGAGCCACCGUCACAGGGAACUUUCCACAAAAAGGUGCUCCCUGCACCCCACAGUCCUGCCCACCAGGCAAGGUGCCUUUGGAUGAGGAUUUGGAGAGGAUCCUGUUUGUGGUCAACCUGGGGACCAUCGACCCCAUGGAGAACAUCACCGUCUUCAUCAGCACCUCCUCGGAACUCCCGACGCUGCCCAAUGGGGCCGUGCAGGUGCUGCUGCCCGCUGUCUGCACCCCCACAGUGCCCCCGCUCUGUGCCAAUGACACUGACACCACCAACCAACAGACUCAAGGCCCUGGCUGCCUGCCUCCUCCUCCUCCUGCUCCUGGCUGCCUUCCCAGCAAAGACAAGCAUUGCUUCGGUACCCAGGCCCCGAACUCCUGGAACAGACUGAGCCUGGCAGCGCUCCUGGACACUAGCGUGUCCAACCCCAUGGAAUAUGAGUUCAGCUUCCAGCUGGAGAUCCGGGGGCCGUGCCUGCUUGCAGGAGUAGAGAGUCCCACCCAUGAGAUCCGGGCAGAUGCUGCCCCCUCUGCGAGUUCGGCCAAGAGCAUCAUCGUCACGUUGGCCAGCAAGCACACCUUUGACCGGCCAGUGGAGAUCCACAUCCACCCGAGUGAGCCCCACGUGCCCCACGUGCUGGUGGAGAAGGGAGACAUGAGCCCUGGAGAGUUCGAGCAGCACCUGCAGGGCAGAGCAGACUUCAUCAAGGGCAUGAGGAAGGACAACCGUGCAGAGCACAAGAGAGAGAUCAUCCGGAAACGCCUGCACAAGGACAUCCUGCACCAUUCUGUCAUUAUGCUCAACUUUUGCCCUGACUUCCAGUCAGCCGAGCCCAAGCUGCGGAAGACUAAUGGAGAAUUCAUCUUCCUCAUUGACCGGAGCAACAGCAUGUGUGGGAACAGCAUCAACCACGUCAAGGAAACUAUGGUGGUAGCUCUUAAAAGUCUCAUGCCAACCUGCUUCUUCAAUGUCAUUGGAUUUGGAUCCACAUUCAAGACCCUGUUCCCUUCCAGUUAUGCCUACAAUGAGGAGAGCUUGGCCAUGGCCUGUGAUAAUAUCCAAAAAAUGCAGGCGGACAUGGGGGGCACCAACAUCCUCUCCCCCCUCAAGUGGGUCAUCCGGCAACCCAUGCACCGAGGCCACCCGAGACUCCUCUUCCUGAUCACAGACAGCACCGUCAACAACACCGGGAAGGUGCUGGAGCUGCUACGAAACCAUGCUUUCUCCACCAGGUGCUAUAGCUUUGGGAUUGGCCCCAACGUGUGCCACAGACUGGUGACAGGGCUGGCAACUGUGUCCAAGGGCAGUGCUGAGUUCCUGCAGGAGGGGGAGCGGUUGCAACCCAAGAUGAUCAAGUCUCUGAAGAAGGCCAUGUCCCCUGUCCUGAGUGAUGUGACUGUGGAGUGGAGCUUCCCUGAGACCACGGAGGUCCUGAUCUCACCUACCAGCACCAGCUCUCUCUUCCCUGGAGAACGGCUCGUGGGGUAUGGCAUUGUAUGUGAUGCCUCCUUAUACUUCUCCAAUUCCAAUUCUGGCAAGAAGCGACGACAGGGCACACUGCGCCCUCAAGACUCCAGCGGUUCUGUGUUCUACCAUUCACAAGAUGAAGGACCCAGUCCAGACAGUGGAGACUGUGCCAGGAGUUUGGUGACACCUGUAACCCUGAAGCAUGCCAAGGAUGCCAGGCCACCCAGCGGAGACUCCACCUCACAUCACAGUCUGGAAUCCUCCCAGCGGCGACGGGCAUACAGCACCAAUCAGAUCACCAACCACAAGCUUCCCCCAAGGACCACCACAGCCAGUGACCCCACAAUGGCUGCCAAGAGUAACCCACUACGGAAAGCUAAGCUGCAGUGUCUCACCACCCAGUCCAUCCUGGAGGUCUCCUCACAGAAAGUUGACUUGCAGCUUUUGCAGAACAAUGGCCAACAGUUGAGCCAGGGACCCAAAACCCAGGCCGCAGGAGCCCGUAGACCUUCUCUGCUGCCCCAAGGGUGCCAACCUGCCUUGGCCAGUGACCAGGUAACUGAAACCUGGAGUGCCAUGAAAGGAGUGGAUCUCUGCUCCAGCCACAAGCCUGCCUCAGACAGCCUCAGCCCCGCCAACCUGGAGACGUCCCACCACCCCUCCUUGGAGACCGAGACGUCCUCGGAUUGGGAGUCCCCCGCGGAAUUCGAGGAGCCUAGCCGGCCAGACAAGCCCUCCACCCACGACCCAGUGCUGGGCAAAGUGGUGGUCAGAGGCCUGCUCGACAAUCAACACUUGCAAUGGGAGGUGAGCUUCGAACUGGGGCCCCAGGACCCUGAGCUGGACGACGAGCAAGCCGUCGAUCCCUGGAGCGAGACCUUCCACCACCUGGCGGCCCGCUCCAUCAUCCGCGACUUUGAGCAGCUGGCCGAGCGCGAAAGGGAGAUUGAGCAAGGGAUCAGACGCCGCUACCAGGUGAGUGCGGUGCACACUAGCAAGGCCUGCAACAUCAUCAGCAAGUACACAGCCUUCGUGCCGGUGGACACCAGCAAGAACCAGUACCUGCCCACCGUGGUGCGCUACCCCAACUCUGGUGCUUCUUGGCGGGUGAUAAGCUCGCAGGCUCUGACGCAGCAUUGGAAGAGCAUGGACGCCAGCGUGGGGCGACCCCAGAUCUUUCUGAACACUGAAGACUCAGCCGCAGGUGAAGGCAACUCUCAGAUUCCAAGUGAAAGCCCUGCCACACCCCCGCAAGAAACCCUGCCCCCAGCCGACGAGAAGUGCACAGCUUCUGACGGUCCCCGGCGCUUUCUGGCUACGGAUACCCUUUCUUCCUUGAAGGUCUCCGAGACUAUCUUUGGAUCCAGGCUAAGCCUCAGCAAGUCCAAGAUGCUGACCCAAGCAGCCAGGGGCUUUCUGAGCAAGCCACUGCUCAAGGCUCCUAGCCCCGCAUCGCCAGCGAGCCUGAGUCUCAACUACAUCCCACUGGUGUGUCUGCAGCUGGCCUCUGGAGCCUUCCUGCUCAACCGAGCCUUUUGCGAGGCCACCCGCAUCCCCCUGGAGAAGCUCAAGUGGACCUCGCCAUUCACCUGCCACCGCGUCUCGACCCCAGCCCACCAGAAUGAGCCUAAGGCCUCGAGUCCCCAUCUCUGCACCAGCUACUCCCCUCAACAGCCCUCAGCAGAGCGGGGGGCCCAGGGCAAGUUAGACCGGGAGUCCAGGACGGGGACAGAGCACUCAGGGAAGCUGUGGGCCACUGUGGUGGCACUGGCCUGGCUGGAGCACUACUCAGCCACCUACUUUGUGGAAUGGGAGCUGGUGGCCGCCAAGGCGCAUGCGUGGCUGGAGCAGCAGGAGGUGCCGGAGGGCCGCACUCAGAGCACACUCAGGGCCGCCGCCCGCCAGCUAUUCGUGCUCCUGCGGCACUGGGACGAGACGCUGGAGUUCAAUAUGCUCUGCUAUAACCCCAGCUCCAUGUAGUGGGCGGAGAAGGGAGGCUGGGGGCGCAGAAGGGCGAGGAGGACGCAAUCGGGGCCUGCUGGGAGGAACUUCAGAAACCAAUACA